AUGCGACUGUUAAAUAGCCACAAUUUCCAUUUUAAUGGCAUUUCAUCGGCCAGCAUACUAAUAGCCUUCUGUGCCUUGUUCAUACUAUUACCGAGUGAUGCAACGGCUCGUAUGGCAUUCGAAAAACUAACAGAUUUUGAUUUCGCCGGUACUACAUAUUACAGCGUAAAAAAUCUGUCACUCUACGAAUGUCAGGGUUGGUGUCGUGAAGAGGCUGACUGUCAAGCAGCAGCUUUCAGUUUUGUGCUAAAUCCACUCUCACCAUCACAAGAGACACACUGUCAAUUGCAGAAUGAUUCAUCUGCGCAUAAUCCAUCCGCAGCACCACAACGUUCAGCUAAUAUGUACUAUAUGGUAAAAUUGCAAUUACGCAGUGAAAAUGUUUGUCAUCGUCCUUGGUCCUUUGAGAGAGUACCUAAUAAAGUUAUACGUGGUCUCGAUAAUGCGCUCAUCUACACCAGCACAAAAGAAGCCUGCCUAUCGGCUUGCUUAAAUGAAAAACGCUUCGUCUGUCGCUCCGUAGAAUACGAUUAUAAUAAUAUGAAAUGUGUUUUAAGUGAUUCCGAUCGUCGUAGCUCUGGUCAAUUCGUACAAUUGGCAGAUGCUCAAGGUACAGAUUACUUUGAAAAUCUUUGUUUGAAACCACAACAGGCUUGUAAGAAUACACGUUCCUUUGCCAAUGCACGCAUGGGUGUUUCUGAUGAGAAAGUUGCACAAUAUGUCGGCUUACAUUAUUAUACUGAUAAAGAAUUACAAGUUACUUCUGAAUCAGCUUGCCGUCUCGCUUGCGAAAUCGAAUCAGAAUUUUUAUGUCGCUCAUUCUUGUAUCUUGGACAACCACAAGGUUCUCAAUAUAACUGCCGUUUGUAUCAUUUGGAUCAUAAAACUUUACCCGAUGGUCCCUCAACUUAUUUGAAUCAUGAACGUCCACUUAUUGAUCAUGGCGAACCAAUUGGUCAAUACUUCGAAAAUCAAUGUGAGAAAUCUGCUGCUUCACCACCAGGUACCUUGGAUAAAUUGGAUACAUUACCAGUUAGCUUAGACACCACCGAAGAUCCUACUUUAAAUAAUUUAACCAGAAAUGAUGUGAACUGUGAUAAGACUGGCACUUGUUAUGAUGUUUCGGUACACUGCAAAGAUACACGCAUUGCCGUACAAGUGCGUACUAAUAAACCCUUCAAUGGACGUAUAUAUGCACUUGGUCGGUCAGAAACUUGUAAUAUUGAUGUCAUCAACUCUGAUGCUUUCCGCUUGGAUUUGACUAUGGCCGGACAGGAUUGUAAUACUCAAAGCGUGACUGGUGUUUAUUCCAAUACUGUUGUAUUACAACAUCAUAGCGUUGUUAUGACUAAGGCCGAUAAGAUUUACAAAGUAAAAUGUACCUACGAUAUGAGCUCUAAAAACAUUACCUUCGGCAUGAUGCCAAUACGUGAUCCAGAAAUGAUUCACAUCAAUUCAUCACCUGAAGCACCACCACCAAGAAUUCGCAUUUUGGAUACACGUCAACGUGAAGUGGAAACUGUGCGUAUUGGUGAUCGUCUUAACUUCCGUAUUGAAAUUCCAGAAGACACACCAUAUGGCAUCUUUGCUCGUUCUUGUGUUGCCAUGGCUAAGGAUGCACGUACAAGCUUCAAAAUUAUUGAUGAUGAUGGUUGUCCAACUGAUCCUACAAUCUUCCCUGGCUUCACUGCUGAUGGUAAUGCUCUACAAUCGACAUAUGAAGCUUUCCGUUUCACUGAAAGUUACGGUGUUAUCUUCCAAUGUAAUGUUAAAUACUGUUUGGGACCAUGUGAACCAGCGGUAUGUGAAUGGAAUAUGGAAUCAUUUGAAUCUUUGGGCAGAAGACGUCGUCGUUCAAUUGAGGGUAAUGAAACUAAAGAAGCUGAUGAGGAUAUGAACAUUUCACAAGAAAUACUUGUGCUGGACUUUGGUGAUGAGAAACGUGAGUUCUUUAAGGCUGAUCCAAGCACAGAUUUUGCUAAAGAUAAGACUGUCACUAUCAUUGAGCCUUGCCCCACCAAAACAUCAGUAUUGGCACUCGCUGUUACCUGUGCGCUCAUGAUCUUAUUGUAUAUCUCAACGUUGUUCUGCUACUACAUGAAGAAAUGGAUGCAACCACACAAAAUUGUAGCAUAAACUGAGGCGCAGAGAAACUACCGAGAAAAAUUAUUAGACACUUACGAGUACUUCAAAUUUUCCUACUAAAGAACUAACAAAAAUGCUUAAUAUUUCGAAAUAAUUUGCGUAGCAAAUGAAGUUCGAUAAGAAAACGCAAUAAUUAAUAUUUUAAGGAUUAAUUAAAGUUAAAAAUUAAAUAGUUGCUAAGUUUAAAGAAUAUAAUAUCUAGUUUAGGGCUGUUUUUAAAAUGUUAACUGAAAUGUUGCGGCAAAAGUGCGCGAAAAACAAUUUUCGUGCAAUUUUAGAGUCAACAAAGUAAAUAUACAUUUUAAAGACAAUAAAAUUAAUAAAUAAUUUAUUUAAAUCGAAAGCAA